AUUUGACUGGUUACCGAAAGCUGUCUCACACAUCACUUCAUCUCAAGACAACACAACCUCUUCCCAACAACAACAAACAACAAACAACAAACAACAUCUCUGGUUCAGAUUUAUCCAAUCAAAUUAAAUUAAUUAACCCACACUUAGCUAAUUAAAUUCAAGUAUUUAUUAGUCUAACCAUUGACUCAAUUAAGCCAUAAUUAACCCUAACAUUAUUGUUACGAGAAAAAGGGCUUUUGUCUUCCCCAUUAAAGAUGGGACUAAACUUAUAUUCAAAAAAAAAAAAAAAAAAAGAAAAGAAAAAAAAGAUGGGACUAAACUUGGGCUUUGGGGAUUCCUGCCCAGGCACUUCCUUCCCUUUCCUCCUUAACACAUAACAAAGCGAAGCAAAUCAGAUAUAUAUGUUAGAUAGAGACUUUGUGACAUAGUAAUAGAAGGAACAAGAAAUAUGUUGGAAGAUAGAGGUUCUUUUUGAUCUAUGUCCCCAAGUUUUUCUCCUUAUUAGUCCUAAAAACAUGUUACAGUUUGUGGGUUUAAAAGGCUUUUGAAGUUACAAAAAGUGGGUUAAAUUCUAGGAAUAAAGAAGGAAAAAGUGAGCAUAGCGAGUUCUUUUUUUCUCUUACUAUUGAUAUAUUUAUAAAUACAAGUUUCUUGGGUAGCGUUGGAGAUGAAUAGUGGCGGUGGAGGUGGCGGUGGUGGCGUUGGGGGAGGAGGGGCUGGGAGUGGUGGUGGGGGGAUGAUGGCAAUAAGGUCAUCACCAUUUACAGUGUCACAAUGGCAAGAACUGGAACAUCAAGCUUUGAUCUUUAAGUAUAUGAUGGCAGGUUUGCCUGUGCCACCUGAUCUUGUGCUCCCUAUUCAGAAGAGCUUUGAGUCCAUUUCUCAUAGGUUCUUUCACCACCCCACCAUGGGGUAUUGUUCCUUCUAUGGGAAGAAGGUGGAUCCGGAGCCAGGAAGAUGCCGGAGGACCGACGGCAAGAAAUGGCGUUGCUCCAAAGAUGCAUACCCUGACUCCAAGUACUGUGAGCGGCAUAUGCAUCGUGGCCGUAACCGUUCAAGAAAGCCUGUGGAAUCGCAAACUAUGGCACAGUCAUCAUCUACUGUGACAUCAUUGACUGUUUCUGGAAACAGUGGUGGGACUGGAAGCUUCCAGUGCCUUCCGUUACAUGCCUUCAGUGGUACUCAACAAGUUACUGCUUCUGGACCUAAUCAGUCCCAUUAUCAUAUUGAGUCAAUCCCCUAUGGAAUCCCAAGCAAAGAUCAUAGGUAUCUUGAAGGAGUUAAGGCUGAGGUUUCAGAAGCUUCAGGGAGCAACCGGGGUUUCCAGAUCGAUACUCAACAGGAAAAUGCAUGGCCUGUUAUGCAAUCUAGACUCUCCUCGUUUCCUCAGUCAAAACCCAGUGGCAACCCCUCCAUGUUGCAGAAUGAUUACCCCCAGCAUUUGUUUUUGAGCGAAUUCAACUCUGGGGAACCUGUGAAACACGAGGGUCAAUCUCUUCGACCUUUCUUCGAUGAGUGGCCUAAAACCAGAGACUCUUGGUCAGCUCUGGAAGACGAGAGAUCUAACCAGACCUCUUUCUCUACUACCCAGCUAUCGAUAUCCAUUCCGAUGGCUUCACCAGACUUCUCCACAACCAGUUCUCGUUCUCCCCACGCUAGUUGAGUGACAAAAAAUGGGGGAACUCUGAAGAUCAGAGGGCCGAGACAAGUUGUAGCUUGGUGCUUAAACAUGUGCUGCUUGAAGAUUUUUCUUUACCUGGACAUUGUGUUAUAUAACUGUGGGUUUUCAGCGUCAUUUGUUUGUACUAGAGUAUUAGAACAUUGCAAGGUUGAGGUUUUAGGUUAUAAAAUAAAACAAAAUCCAAGCAGGUAAACUGAAAAAUCCAGAAUAUUGCAGCCUUAAUCCAAUUAAAAGAGCAAGUUUUCUUUAUGGGUUAA